AGCGGCGAAAGGAACACCCGCAGGGUCAGCGACAUGGUUAAAACCACGCCAGCGUCGCUCGUACGCCAUUCGCGGGUGUACUCAACCUCGGAAGGCUACAACAAUUCGGACCCGCUGAUCAAUUCUAUCUCCAACGGAAAGGCGUCGCUCCUCCUCCAGAACAAGCUCCUUACCGAGAACCUCCCCCCUGCGCUCGUGCCCAUCGUCAAUCUCAUCAACGCUCAGAAGCUCCGUACCUACGCCAUGGGCACACUCCAGGUGCCUGGAGAACUUGCGUCUGGCGAGCGGGUGUGGUUCGAGGUGGAAGCCAAGUUGUCGGGUAAUGAGCUCUCGCUCUGGCGGCCAGCUGACGACGAGUACGACGCUGGCAACACCGAGUUUGUUCCAAAGUACAUCAAUUUGACAGAUGCCAAGGUGGAGGUGGUGACAGGUGCGCCUGAACUCCGCGUGGUGCAGGAUUACGACAACACCUUCGUGUUGCGUUUUCACUCUACCCAAGAACACCGGCUGUGGUUGGCAGCCAUGUACUUGGCCAAGUACGAGUACACAUCCUUGAACGAGGCGUUCACCGCCGUGGUGUUGUCCCUCAAGGCGUCCAAGCUCCUGGACAUCCACGUGCUUCUCUCGUCUAAGAAGCGUUUUGCCAGACUGGAGUGGUGUGACUUGCGUUUGCCACAGCUCUCCAACCGUUGGUUGCGAGUAUACGUGGUGAUCACUCCCGGUGAGGCCAAGCACCUUGGGCGCAUUGAAAUGUUUUCGUCCGAGAAGACCACCAAAAAGAAUUUAGUGGUGUAUGUUUCCAACGUGGCCAACGUCUACAACGUCUAUCCUGAGCACACCAACAUGAUCGACUUCAACGCCAUCAUGAAGUUGAACGGAGACAUCUACAUCAACAAGAACUACGAGCACUACUUUGUGGGUGCGGAUGUCAAGUCGUUCAAGGCUCCUUCGCGGAGCAGCUCCCACACCUCGUUGUCGUCGUUAGUGCCAGCCACUGGAGGCCACGUUCGUACGCCGUCCGCUACGUCCACGUCGUCGUUGUUCAGCCUGGCUGAUAACGACAGCCCCAGACGGACGUUCAGCGGAGUCUUGAGCCCAGGACGCCAGAGAAGUGCCUCGUCUGCCUCAACUGCCUCAACGGUGGUGGACACAGCAGAGCCCAAGCGUACCUCGUCGUUCCUCAAGAAGAACAUGAACGGGUUCGUGGCCACUAACCACUUAUACCUCAUGCCCAUUUCGCAUCCAGGGGUGCCAGCGAUCGAAAUCAUGAUUCGCAACUUCAUCCAUAUCGUCGACUCGUUCAAGUUGUACGGUAGACCCGGCCACCUCGAGAGCGACAAGGCCAACCCCCAAUCGCUCCUCUUUGCAUUGCCUUCGUUGCCGCACUACCAGUACUUGUCGAUCGACGACGCCAUUACGUUGGUGGAGCGCAAUUUUGCAACCAGCAUGGUCGAGGACUGGAGCCAGUUGCAGUGGAGCCAGGCGUUCAAGGCUGCAUUGGAGCACAAGUUCGCCAACGGCAGGUACAGAGGCAGUGGUGAUAUUGCCAAGUUGUACGGCAACUUGGAUCUCAAUUUUGACGAGAUCUCGAGUCCU